AUGUCGCAAAAUGUGAAAUCUCAUGUUUAUUAUGUGAACAAAGAGGAGGCUGCUGAAAAAUUCAGAGAGUGCGCAAGGGUGUACACAGAAGCUGAGUUUCUGCAAAAGUGUGGUGAAUUUAAAAGGAGGUACCCAACCGCUGUCACUUAUCUUGAAAAAAGGCAGGAAGGUGGCACAGAGACCAUCAAUAGUGUGAAAUACUGGAGAAGAUGUUAUUUUCCUGGUGAAAGGUACAACAUUGACACUAGUAAUAGUGUAGAGUCGAUAAAUGGUGUUUUUAAGAAAGCUAGGAGGUUACCAAUUUUGGCCAUGAUCGAUGUGAUUGUAGCAAAAUUUAGUGAAUGGUUUAACAGACAUAGGAAGGAGGCUGCAUUUGGUCAGGUGACAGAGAAAUUAGUGCCUUAUGUGGAGAAUAUAUUGCACUUGAGAUGUUUAGUUGCCAAGAAACUAGUUGUUGUGGAACUAAACAGUUUCGAGUUCAUAUACAAAGUUACUGGAAAAGAUGGAAAUGCUUAUGUGGUAUACUUGUUACAGAAAACUUGUGAGUGCAAGCAUUUUGACAUAGACAAGUACUCCUGUGUACAUGCGUUAGCUGCAGCUAUGAAAUGCAACGAACAAAAAGAUGGAUCCAGGUAUUUCUAUUACCAUGAUCUGUGCUCUAGAUAUUAUUGGACUGACCAGUAA